AUGAUGAUACCAAUGACUUCAGGAUGUCUACAAACGGUACCAGGAGGCACGCCAAAUCCCACAGACUGCUGUCGCGCCGCGAACAUUAUCCUCACUCAAAGUGACCUGCCCGAUGGACUGGGUAGUCAAACCUGCUCUAGGGACGACACUUGUUGUACAGUAAAUACUGUAACUUGCACAACUAGUGUACCGGGCACUGGUCUACAAGCUGGUAUACGUGGAAAUGGGGAUCCGUUUUUGGACUAUGCUCUCGAGACCGUUUCAGUCCAAUUACAGUGUUCUGGUGGCGCUUGGACAUUUACCAACGAAGGAAUGACAAUAACAUUACAAACCGUUGAAUGUGUUCUCACGAAUCCCCCGACUUCUGGAGGCUAA